AUGUUAAAGUUGAUGCUGGCUUGCUGCAAGGUUUACAUAUCUGAAAGCCGAAACAGGGCAGCAUUGGAGUCAAUUGAACGAGCUGCUACAUUAUUCCCAGGAGCUGCCAUUAUCAAUAAAUUUGAAGAUGAGACUUACAAUAGAGUUGGUUACACCGUUGUCUCAAAGUUGGAUCCAAAGCCAUCAUCAGACGCGUGUUCGUUGAAAAGUGCCGUGUUUGCCAUGGUGAAAGCGGCUUUGGAAGCCAUUGACCUGGAGUUACACUGUGGAAGCCAUCCUCGGCUUGGUGUUGUGGACCACAUCUGUCUUCACCCUUUAGCUAGCACUUCUUUGGACCAGGUUGCUGGGAGUGCACAAUCUCUGGCUGCUGAUAUUGGCUCAAACCUUCAAGGUUUGUUCACUUGUGGUUGCAUAAAUUUGUAG